CUAACACUUCAAGAACAGAAAAAAAGAGUUGAUUUUUACAUUCAUUUUUUUAUUUUCUUUCGUUAUAUGUUUUUGUGUUUGGUUGUUUUUUCUUAGUUGAAACUGAUAAAGAGUUCGUGAUCUUGAAUUUUUGGUUCUAUUGAAAACGUGAACUUCCCAAAUAAAGAAAAAAAAUAUAUAAACCUAUAAUUUGAUUUGGGUUUAAUUUAUUUUGCUUUCAUUAAAGUAUACUAGUAAAGGACUAUAAUCUAUAUUCUUUUUGGGAUCAAGUUUAUUGACACUGUUUUAUCCAGAUUUUAAUGGGGACUAACAUGAACUUCAAGAGCUUUGGAAGUAACCAACCGCCAUCAGCUGACGGCGCCGGGGAUAAAACGCCGGGGAAUAAUCCGUUAACUAGAGAGACAUCUAUCUAUUCUCUAACCUUUGAUGAGUUUCAAAGCACUAUGGGUGGAAUAGACAAAGAUUUUGGGUCAAUGAACAUGGAUGAGUUGUUGAAGAGCAUUUGGAGUUCUGAAGAAACUCAAACAAUGGCUUCUUCCACUGGUGGGCUAGAGGGAAAUGGAGGGUUACAAAGGCAAGGGUCUUUGACUUUGCCAAGGACACUUAGCCAGAAAACUGUUGAUGAAGUUUGGAAAGAUAUUUCAAGGGAGUAUUCAAUAGGGAAAGACGGGAUUGGAACUGCAGGUACUAAUAAUAUGCCACAAAGGCAGCAGACUUUAGGGGAGAUGACUUUAGAGGAGUUUUUGGUGAGGGCUGGUGUGGUAAGAGAGGAUACCCAGUUGGCUGUGAAGGUUAAUAAUGUCAAUGGGGGUAAUAAUACUGGGUUUGGUAUUGGGUUUCAACAAGGUGGCAGAGGUCAAAAUUUGAUGGGGAAUAGGCUUUCUGAAGGUGAUAAUAAAAUUGGUAUUCAGCGUUCCAAUUUGCCUUUAAACGUUAAUGGAGUUAGUUUAAACCAGCACCAGUUAGCUCAGCAGCAAACUCAACAGCACCAGCAACCAGUUUUUCCUAAGCAACCAGCUGUUGGAUAUGGAGCUCAGAUACCUUUACAAAGUGGUGGUCAGUUGGGGAGUUCUGGAAUUAGGGGUGGAAUUUCUGGGAUUGGAGAUCAUGGACUUACUCAGGGUGGUGCACUGCAACGUGGAGGGAUGGGGAUGGUUGGUUUAGGAGGGCCAGUCGGUAUUUCUACUGGAUCACCUGCUAACCAGCUUUCAUCAGAUGGGAUUGGUAAGAGUGGUGGAGAUACUUCCUCUGUUUCGCCAGUUCCUUAUGUGUCUAAUGGAAGUUUGAGGGGUAGGAAAUGCAGUAAUGUGGAAAAGGCUGCUGAGAGGAGGCAGAGGAGAAUGAUAAAGAACAGAGAAUCAGCUGCAAGAUCACGAGCUCGCAAGCAGGCUUAUACAAUGGAAUUGCAAGCAGAAGUUGCAAACCUAAAAGAGGAGAACCAAGAAUUGCGGAAGAAACAUACCCAUACUUACAUUUUCAUUGACUGCACUUUGGUUGCUGCAGGAAGAAAUCAAGGAAAUGCUGAAAAAUCAGGUCAUGGAGAUGAUGAAUAAGCAACAAGGAGCUAAGGAGCAAUGCCUGCGAAGAACACAGACGGGUCCAUGGUGAGGUUGUUAAAGCGUUGUGCCUGUGAUUCUUAGUUGAAUUAUGGUUGUACAUAAUUUAUUCAAGGGGGUAGUUCUUCUUCCUUUAGAUUUGGAGAGAUGAGCUACUGCAGUGUAGAUUGAAAAAUGGUCCAAUAUUUGUGUUAUCUUUCAUACAUUUCUCUUAUGGACAACAUGAUUCAGUAAGAAUAUGCACAUUUCAGAGAAUCUCAAUAGUUCCCCCUAUCAUUGAAUUAAUCCUCCGUUUAUGUGCACUGCAAUUGGUUUGGUAACAGUUCAUGGAUUUUUCUUUUCUUUUUUUAAUUUUCUCAUCUGCUUCAUAUAUGCAGUAAGAAUGAUACAAUGGUUAUGCUAUGCAUUAUUUAUUAUUUCUAUAUUUGAUGCAUGGCACUGGAAACUUUUGCAUAAACUUUGAAGUAUAAUACAUG